AGUGAGAGUUUUCGCACCGCAGCUCAGUAACGCAGUAAGUGCGCUCCUCGCUCACAUAAGCCUACUCGUGCCCGCGCGCCUGAGCCUAUCCCCCACGCGCGCCGGUAACUCUCUCUCUCUCGUGGAGCGCGCGACGUCCCUUUAUCGUCUCCACACCUGCACCCUCGCGGUAUGGGACUCCUGAGUGGUCGAGCGCUCGCGCUCUUUCCUCUCCUGCUCGCACUCCUGGCGUGGUUCGCCGCGGGACUCGCGGGCGCGGACGGCCGUGUGUUCCUGCUUGAGUUGCGGAAUGGUUCAGAUGCAAGCUUUGAGGCAGCUUCACAUGCAUGCAAGGUUCAGGGUGCGCGGGUGGCAUCGGGAAUGGAGCUCCGUCAUGCCGUGGUGGAGUGUGCCUUCUCUGCCUGCACAAGAGGAUGGCUUACUGGCCCCAGCAUCGGGACCACAGUGUGCAAGAGCAUGGCUGGGAGCUUACGGGCUGUGGACAUGCGUGUGGAGAAUGUGACUGAGACAUCUGAGUUACCGGCUACAUUCUGUGUAAAAGAUACAGGAGCUCCAUGUGGAGCGCCACCAUCAUUCCCUAACACACACCUGCAGGGACAGACAGGACUGGAGCUGGGUGAUGAGCUUCUCUAUGCCUGUAACCCAGGAUACACUCUGCCAAAUGGAGAGACAGCCUUCAGCCUGCUGUGUGACAGCUGUGGAGAAUGGUAUGGCCUGGUGCAGCUCUGCGUCAAAGAUAAUGCUGAGGCCUUUAUCGACUAUGAAGACAAGCUCCCAGAUGACCAUCAUCUGUAUGAGGGCCUGGAAGAGGUGCAUCAUGUGAGUCUGGUGCCUGAUGUCACUGAAAUCGCUGAACUUGAAGAGGAGGAAGAGUCUACACCUGAACCUGAGCAGGACGAGCAUGUAAUGGUAGAGGAAGAGGAUGUCACUGAUGAAGAAGACCCUGCAGUGUCUGUAACAGAGCCUCCAGUGUCCCAGCUUAGCCAGAAACAUAUGUUCUGGUUCCCUUCAGAGGCUUUCAAGGAGGAGGAGCAUCCCAUCACCACCACACAAACAUCCAUUAAAGCUCCCACCCAUGAUGAGAACUACAUCAUAGCCAAAACAGAUGACAGGCAACCAGAGGCUGAGAUAACCACAGAAGAAAAUGGUGGAGAACACCUAACUCCACCUCCGACUGACAAGCAUGUUGGUCACAGUGUGAGCAGCACAGAGGACUCAUGGCUGGAUGGAUACCCUAUUCCACAAGAGGAGGAGAAAGCAGGUGCAGGGUCUACAGAUGAGGCAGGGCCUUGGGUGGAUGCUGAGAGUGAGGAUGCAAAGGUGGAGGGGUUUAAAACUGUGACGCACAGUCCUGAAGAGGCAGGUGUGGGAGGAGUUAUCCAUGGCCACCGGGAGAAAGGGACAGAAGGUACAUCUAAGACAUUUGAAGAGCAGGACAUUGGGAAAGGUACUGAGGAAGAAGAGGCUGAGGUUGUGACUGAAGGUACUGAAGGGAAGUCUUAUGGGGGCAUGUUUCCCAGCUAUGAGGAGGGUUAUCAAGGAGUUACUGAUGCACCUAGAGGCAAGAUCUCCGAUGGAGUCACAGAGCUGUCAGAAGAAUUAGUGACAGAGGACACUAGAAUAGAGGAGAUGGAAGGAGAUGUCAAGGGACCAGCAGAGGUGGAAUCCAAGGAUGUGACUGACAAAUCUAAAGAGGUUUUUCAUAGUGUAACUGACACCGCAAAUGAUGUGGAGAUGAGCCCUACUUCUUUCACUGGCUUCACUCAGAUCACAGCUGGCCUAGAUGACAUGACCUUCAACAAAAGACCAAUACCCUAUACGCCCAGCUCUGCUCCUGAGAAUGUCAGUACCAGCCAGGAAAGAAUGGGUUUCGAACACACAAUCACACCUUCAGGCAUGGCACCUCUGGACACCACACCUACUGAAGAGGUCCACAUUGUAAGCAAUGUGGUCACACCCACAAUCAGUGUCUCUUGGGAAACAAAAGACUUUGGCCAUUUCCUGGAACAGAUUCCCACCAAAGAGGGUGAUAUCUCAGUUGAAAGCCAUGACAAUCGGAGUGUAAUGGAAGGAGACACAGAUCAACAGGAAAAAGCAGGGAAUGGAGCUUGUGGGGUUGGCCCUUGCCAAGUAGCUGGUCGUGGGCCAACCAUCGCAGCCAUCAUCGUUGGAUUAGUAGCAGCUGUUGUUGGUGUGGCCUUAGGUGUGUGGUGUUACAAAAGGAGGCAACAGAAGAGCUCUCACUAUCAGCUCAAUGGAACUAAUAGACAACCACAAUGUAUCGAGCUCCAGCAGACUGUGUAAUCUAACAUGCAUAGCUUACAUAAACAACAUACGUAUUUGAACAUUAUGAUCUACGUCCAACUUCAUACACUAAUCUACACACACAAUCUGAGGAUUCAAGCUUUAGCUCUUCCCACACUAGGAAGGGUGACAGCAGAUAGAAAUUGUGUAUUGCUUCAAUGCUUUGUUAAUACAUAUUUCUAUUUCUCAUACUUGCUUUGCAACAUGCAUGUUAUUUUUAUUGUUGUGUUUAUCUAUAUUUGAUGUCUUGUUUUUAGAUUAGGUUUGUAAAUUUAAUUUCAUAGUGUGGACUGCAUUUGAGGUGUGGGUCAAUGCAUACAUGGGAGAUGUUUUUCUAUGUUAACGCAUUUGUCUGUGUGUAUGCGCUUGUCUUCUGUGAGUGAGUGUGACUGUGAGAGUGUGAGGGGUGUUUCAGUGGACAUGUGAAAGCGACUGCUGGAUUCUGUGAGUUCUGGAAGUCUCAGUGUUACACAUUGGUGUUAGGCCUAGUUUGUGUCUGCAGACAUUCCGGUGAGAGGAAAUGAAGGUUCACCUGAUUGACUUUAAAAAAAAACGUUGGUGUUUCUGAAUGGAAUCCACUUUAAAUUACUUUAAAUAUGUUUUGUAUCAUUUUUUUUGUCCUUAAGCUAUAGGAGGGCAUGGUGGUGUGCAAUUGAUCUUCUAGAAAGCAAACUGAAAAAGCAUUAUUAUAUCCCCUAAAACACCCUUUCCCAGUAUAUUUUGACCAAUAUAACUAAAAUCACUGAAUGUAAAUACUGAAAAUAUCUACUGAUAGAUAAAAAACAUAGUAGGUAUGUCUCACUACCUACUGAGCUGUCUUUCUCAUCACUAUCUACAUGAGCAGUUGUCUAGAUAUGUAGCAUUUUAGCUAUAAAAAAAAACAUUAAAAACAGCCUAUUUCAACAAUUCAGUUAGAGAAUGGUCACAUUAUCUGUUGUUCCUUUCCCUUACAAGGUUAAUCUUGUGUUGGCUUUAUACACCUCAGCCGCAAGUGUCACCAGUAUGUUUGUGAAGAUUGCUGACUUAGUUGCUAGGCUACCUACGUAUAAGAACCAAAUAAUCCUCAUGGUUCUUGCUAGAUAACCAAAACUGCCUCGCAUAGCUGAGACAAUUGAUUAGCUAGCUAUUACCUAGAUAAUCGUUCACAACAGGAAUGUAACAAUUAAACACAUUAGCUAAGCUAAUUUCUAUUUGAAUAUGCUGAAGGGCCAGCUAGUUUGUCAAUAUAAAUGACCAAAAUCAUAAAUGAAAUGAGUGUAAUGGAAUAUCACUGCUAUAGCAAAAUAGCAUAGAUGAAUGUAGAUAAUCAAAAGUUAAACCACCACAUGUUGUGUUUUGGAUGUCGGUUUGCUGGUCAGCAGCAAUGGAAGUUAAUGUGCUGGUCACCAGUUUUUGUGUUUUAGAAGCUGGUAUGUCAGUUAAUUAGCAUGACCCUGCUGGGUGACCAGUUAAACCAGCACCAAAUCAGCAUAAACUAGCAUCAGCUUAGAAUAAACGUCUGUGCUGUUUUCUUUUUUCAUUAUUUGGAUUAUUUUGCUGCUUGCUUCCAUCCAUCUUGCAUUGCGUUCUGGGACUGUUUUAUGGAUAUUUUAAGGAUGCAUAUGAUUAUUACUUAGCCUUUGUAGGCACCAUAUUUUAGGAAUCUAAAUUGAAAUACCUUUUGCUGCAACUGAUACCUUAAAAAACAUUCCCAAUACAUUUAAUACAUGUUUCUACUGUAAUUAUUGUGUUCUAUACCAUAUCACAGGCUUGUCAAACUUGGUUCCUUAAAGGUGAUUUGUGUUUUUCUGAUUUAACACUCUGAAUUCAAUUAAUGAAGGCUUUGCAAUUUACUUGAUGAGCUGAAUCAGCUGUGUUUAAUGAAAAGGCAGAGGUGUGGCCUACCAGGACUGGAUUCUGUCAUAUGUGCUUUAUUGUCACUAGUAACAGUUGACCACAUCCACAUUAGUGAUUCAUUUUAAAGGCAAUGUAUUUGAGAACUUUAGAUGGGUUAGUUUUUGUGGUUUUGUGGGUCAGGUGAAUGAAUUUAACCUUUUGCAUGUGACAUGCAUUAGUAUCCUGCUGUUUUCUACUGUUAACACAUGACACUGACAAUAACUUUUGCUCUGUAAUUCAACAAAGUUUGCGGCAUAGUAGUGUUUUCAUAUUACACUAUUAAUCAGCUGUAUUUAGUGUGGAUAUACUAGGUGGAGUGCUAGAUCUGCUGUUUCCAGUGAUCCGAUGGCUGUCCUCAAGUUUUGUGUUUUAAGUACACAACUUGGAAGUCAUUUUAGAAGAGAAAAAUGGUAACAAGAAUAAUUUACUCUAAUGCUGAGCACUCUCUAUGUAUCCUACUCAAAUCCUUAUACAGAAUUCUAUGUGCAAGAACCUAAAAUGAAUAACUUGGGGGAAAAAAUGUUCUGAGGUUAAUUUUUAUUGCUCACAUAAAUUUUGUGCUUGUGAACAGGCCCAAAAUUCUUCACUUACUAGCUCACAAAGAGGUACUGAUGUUAGUCUGAGCUCUUUAGAAAGCUACACACCACUGAGCUGAUGCAGUCCAAAUUAUACGUUAUGUUAAAUGAUUGGCUGAAUGAAAUAAAAGUUUGUAUUUCAUUGCCAAGAAAAAAUCCAAAUCUGUGUACUUUUGACAUUCUUAGCCGUCUUUCUUUUUCAACGAUGCUCUAUGACAAUUUCCUGUGCAGGUGAAAAGCGGUUUUGUUUUCCUAUUUCAGAACCCUUAAAGUACCAACAUUAUUGCGCCUUAUUAAAAGAAAUAGAGCAUCAAGAGUAGAAGUCACAGCUUUUAAUCUUAUGCCAUAUUUUACACAGUACUAUCCACUCCCUUUAUCUUAGGGGGAAAAAAGGUUUGUUUGUGUUCUGUAGAGGUGUUAACUUCUUUAACUUACUGUAAUAAUGUGUAAACCAGUUACUCUUUUCGAAUGUUCGCCCCCAUCCACACAGUUCUAGAAUGUUCUUCCCCAUUCCCGUGGUUCUAAAAUGUUCUUCUUGGUUCAUUUGGCCUGUCAGUUCUUUUUCUGGAACAGAAUGAAGUCGACUGCCAGCAAUAGAAUGUAGGUGUCUGUUGGGGAAUUUUGGAUCAGUGUGCUCUGGGCUGUACAGGCUCUUAAAAGACAGCUCACCCCAACACAACAGUGCCAAUUGUUUAGAAAUACGAUCAGAGUACUGUUUAUAAAAAUUAAAAAAAACUUAUUUUUUUCAGUGCAGAUAUGAAUUGGCCCAUAAAUAUUUGUCAGCUUCUUGUACCAUUUCCUACUGUAGGUCUCUCAGCACCAACAGUCUGGGAGGAUGCUGAAUACAUGACACUGGCUUGUGACUAUGCAUACUCCCAACUGGUUGCUAGUAUUAGAGGAGAAAGUGACAUUCCUUCAAAGGAGAACAUGAGCAAAUUGCAUUGUUUAUCUAAAAUUAAUCAAAAUCAUUGUUGUAUAGGAGUUAAAUCCAGUUAUGGGGAUCUGAUGAUUUGAUUGGGUGGGGUGGGUUUUUCCUUUAGUUUUUGUUUCAUAUAUGAAAUAAUGCCUCUUAUCACCUGAUGUCUAAUUUUGUCUGUACUCUUCAAUGCUUCUGUGAUGUAUCAGAACAUCAGAGGUCUGAUCUCUGGAGUCUUUAGUGUGACCAUCUGACACUGCUGAACAUUCUUGUGACAAAUUAACUGACUGGUUACCAAUAAAAUGCAAUCACUUUAGGA